UUCUCGAAUUUAAUCGAUCUUGAAAAUAAGUUAAGCUUUACCUGUCGUAACAAUAGGUGCGCAGUUGCGAAAACCGUUCAGUAUUGUUGUUGUCCAUCUGUGUUGGCCGUGGAAUCAGUGGAAUCAUUUUCGCUUGCUUCUAGUACCGGGGAGUCCACUUAGUGAAACUGCUGCAGUCUUUUAACCUGUUCGCAGCAUUAACCCAAGGCAGCUAGCUAACGACCAGAACGGAAGACUGCGCAGUGGAAAAGGGCGAAGUCUGGAUUUUUGCUGCAACGGCUAAAAGUGAAACAGUGGAAUCUGACAAGUGGCUAACAUGUGAUAAUUAACUGUGUGCAAGAACAAGGAAGGCAGAUAAGACAACACUGUUUUCUAACGACACCUCUCUUGGGUGCAGUUGAUGCAAUGGCAAGCAGGAGAAAGUCAACAACACCUUGCAUGGUCAUUCCUUCAGACGCCAUGGAACAGGACCCAGAUAUGGAGGUGACAGAGGGGGAGGAUGGCGCUGAGAAUGCGGCUGAAGCCCCCUUAGAAAGCGCCACGAUCCCCGCCGAAAACGAGCUGGGCGACGACGACACACAGGACGUUGAGCGCUACAUCAAAUCCAUGGAAUCGAGAAUGGUGGAAGGGGAGUACAAAUGUGCCCACUGCAGCUACCAGACCCCGGAGCUCAACGCGUUCACAUUCCACGUGGACUCUGAGCACUCCAACAUGGCCUUGAACUCGUCCUAUGUUUGCGUGGAGUGCAACUUUCUCACCAAACAGUAUGAUGCGCUCUUGGAGCACAACGGCCGCCACCACCCAGGGGAGGAUGGCUUUGCCCGGGCUAUCGUGAGGUGCGGAGACCGGGCGGGCUCCGAUCAAGCCAGUGAUUCCACCUUCAAUGUGGAUUCAGCGGAGCAGGAGGCUGGAGCUUCUGAGGAUGUAGCAGUCCAUGGGAUCUCAGUGAGCAAGACGCCCAUCAUGAAAAUGAAGAGCAGGGCUGAGGCUAAGAGGAUCGCCGUGUCCCACAAAAUGGUCGAUGAUGGCGAUGUGAGGGUGGAGGGUGAGGAAGCAGUCUCUGUGGCCAUGCCAACCACCGCUGAGGCAGUAGUAGCCUCGCUCCCCGUUGAGCCAGCAAAACCCAGCGUAAUCGUCACCAACCCGAACCCUGUCACAGCAGAAUCUAAGAAGUCCUCUGUAAACCCUGCCACUGUGCUUCCAGCAGGUCUGGCCCAGAUCCUAUCUGCUCUGCAGGCCCACCAGAACGCCCAGACACAGCUCCUCAUACCAGUUAGCAGCAUCCCCACAUACAACGGGGCCAUGGACAACAAUGCUCUUCUGAUUAGCACCUACAACAAGUUCCCUUAUCCGUCAGCCUCUGAGAUUUCUGGACUGGCAGCCCAGACUAAGUAUGGGGAGGAGCAGAUUAAGAUCUGGUUCUCCGCCCAGCGGCUGAAGCAUGGCGUGAGCUGGACUCCCGAGGAGGUGGAGGAGGCCAGGAGGAAGCAGUUCAAUGGAACAGUGCACACUGUGCCACAGACUAUCACGGUGAUUCCAGCCCACCUCUCUGCUGAGGCCAACGGCCUGCAGUCUAUACUACAGACCUGCCAGAUCAUGGGGCAGCCAGGCCUGGUGCUGACACAGGUUGGUAGCCCUAGCAGCUUCCCUGUGACCACGCCCAUCACCCUAGCCGUGGCGGGGGUCCCUGGCCAGGUGGCACCGAAUAAGCCUGCUGCCAGCCAGCCUGCCUCAGCUAGUGUGGAGACCAAAAGGGCCACCACUGUCCAGCCCCCUACACUGACCCCGCAGGAGAACUCUGCACUCAGCUCUGACCACUUCGGCCUGCGGCCCAAGAAGUCCAAGGAGCAGCUGGCAGAGCUGAAGGCCAGCUACCUGAAGAACCACUUUGCUAGCGAUGCUGAGAUUGCCCGGCUGAUGAAACUGACCAACCUCACCAAGGGUGAGAUCAAAAAGUGGUUCAGUGACACACGUUACAACCAGCGCAACUCCAAGAACAGCCACAUCAUUGUUUUCAACGAUGGCCCCGCUUCUGGAAACAACAGCACCAUUGUGAUUGACUCCAGUGAUGAAACCGCAGAGCCCGUCCCACAGGCACCUGGGCCACUGAAAGAGAAAGAAACUCGAAACAAGUCCUGGAACCCGUUCCCUGACUUUACACUCCAGAAGUUCAAAGAAAAGACCCCAGAGCAGUUGGUGGUCUUGGAGGAGAGCUUCCAGAAGUGUGAUAUACCCACAGAUGAAGAGUUGAGUCGGCUGAGGACAGAGACCAAGCUCACCAGGCGAGAGAUUGAUGCCUGGUUCACAGAAAAGAGGAAAGCACUGGCAGAGCUGGCUGAACUCCGAGCGGAACGUGUGUACUACGAGUCGACUAAAUCGCCCUCAACCUCCAAGCAGGGGGCCCAGGCUCAGACCCCACCUGGCGGGCGGCGGGGAGGCAAGGAUAAAUUUGGGAAGAAAACCCCUGAGCAGCUGCAUGUCCUGAAGAGUGCCUUUGUGCGCACGCAGUGGCCCUCAGCCGAGGAGUAUGACCAGCUGGCUGAGGAGAGCGGCCUACCCAGGUCAUACAUCGUCAAUUGGUUUGGGGACAGCCGCUACUCCUGGAAGAAUGGCAACCUAAAAUGGUUCUUCUACUACCAAAGUGGAAAUGUGGGAGCCAUGAACGGCAGUGGGAACAGGAAGAGAGGACGGGCCCGAACUCGGAGCAAAGGCCGGGCGAGGUCUUGGGGGAGAAGGGCCAAGAAGUCCAACUUAGGCAGAGGCAAGUCACCCCCAGUGAUGAAGUUCAAAUCGGGGAAAGAGAUCCUGAAGGAGUACUACCUGAAGUACAAGUUUCUGAAUGAGCAGGACCUAGAUGAGCUUGUGGCUAAGUCCAACAUGGGCUAUGAGCAGGUGCGAGAGUGGUUUGCAGAAGUCCAUCGUAGGGAGGACGCUGGUGUGACCCUGUUUGAUGAAACCACAGAAAACGACGAUGAGGACGAAGAGGAGGGGUCCCCGGGUGAGAGCGAGAUGGCAGCCGAAGAGCAGGGAGACGGCAUUGGUGAUGAAGAUGAUGAGGAAGGUGAAUCUGAUGACAGUGACACCUGGGAGCCGCCGCAGAGUGUGAGACGAACACUGGCUGUAUCCGAGACUUGAGGCUUGAUGAUGGACAAAAGAAGAGGGAAGAUGGAAGACGGUAAAGUGAACAUGGAGCGAGGAAGAUUCCGCUGCUGUGUAUUAACAGCAAACUGCCUGGAUGCAAAGGAAUGGUUCAGAAGCGGAGUGGAUCUGUGGUGCCAAAGCAACAGCAUUGUUGGAUUUGUUUUUUUCUGUGCUGUUAUCCCAGUCCUCCCUAUCACAAAUCAUGUUUGCACCUUUUAAGAUCCGGCAGAUAUAUUCUCUGAGAAAAUAAUACAUUCAGUAAUGUGACCAAAAAGAGAACAUCUGUCACGUCGGUUUGGUCACCUUGAACUGCAUUUUGAAGAUGACAGACACCUUAUUAUGUUUCCUCUCUGCACUCCAUUCUGUUAGUCAGCAGGAAUUCACUACAUUUUGGUAGAAAAUAGAAGACACACACACACACACACACACACACACACGAUUAACCAGUGCUUCUGACUUUAGUCUCCCUGUAGAUUGGUGCUUAACUGCUCUUACAUUAAUUUCAAAUGGUUGGAUUUUUAAAAUGGUUUCACACGGCUGUUAGAAGUCUCUUUGAAGCACAGUGGGCAGUUGCCUGAGACGCUAAAAUGAAGAGCUUUUUGUGCUCUGCAAGUGCGUGUUUUUUAUCCCUCAAUCAUGUUGGGCUGUAUUAAACCCAAAGUUUUCUGAUAAGCAGAAGAAAAUCAAGUGGCAAAAAGGAAGCAGUUACAUGUACAUAAGCCUUGCCUGCAAAGGAAUGUGAUAAUUUGACGUAGAUACUAUUCAGUGAAGCAAGUCUUUCAAGCAUCUCUAAUUACAGGGUCUGUAAUGUUUUAAAGUACUACAUCUAAUUAUUUAUUGGUUGAUAUGUUUUUUUUUUUGUUUUUUUUUAAUAAGAAAAAAAAAGGCCUAACUGUAGUCUGGUAUUGAGCAAUAACAUUUCAAAAGGACUCAGCAUGACCAGUGAUGGAUAACUAAAACUUUAAUGCAUGUAAAGGAAUGCACUUGUGCUUGGAUUUAGCCUGGAGAGAGUAUGGAGAAUGCCCUCCUGUACUACUGAGAGCAUGUAACACUCAUUAUGGACACUGCAGUGCAGUGCAAAGGGUACUCUAAAAAUGUACCCUUCAUUUCAGUGUGUGUUUCUUCAGUGCUCCUAUUUAGAGUAACCCACGAGGGAAGGCAGAAGAGACUCUAACUUUGUACAUAAAAUAUUUCUCUCAGUUGUAUUUUACAAGUAGUUUUUAACAGUUUUAUACUUUUUUAUAUUUAGGAUUGUGAUUGAUCCAGCCUUCUGCGCUUUGCUCCUGUGGUGAACGAAUUGAACGAAUACAGUGUUUAUUUUUCCCAAUAAGCAAUGUUGGGAAAUUGGAAGACAUGAAGAUUGAAACUGAUGCAGCAUCUGUCUGGCUUCCUGCAAACUAGGUGUCAGUGGCUUGUCUGCAUCAGUUGAGUUCAGCUUGUAGCUUACUUAUUCAUUGCACAAUGGAGGUACACCUGCAUUGUAAUUUGUGGUGUUCACUAGCAUGAAGCUUUUUCCCAUUUCUAUCUUUUAAGAGAUUACUGCUCGUUCCAUGUGCUAUUUCUCAUGUCUUUGGGAGGAUAUGUCAAUCAUUUCUGUAUCAUGGACUUACUUCAAGCAGUGGCUUACACUAGCCUGAAUUUCUUUAAACGUGGAUCUUCUUAAAUGGUUGUUCACAAUAAUUAAACGCUAAAAUGUAUUAUUUUGUAUUCUCAAUAGCAAGCCAAGUAACUGUUUCAAGCUAUUAAAAGGGGUGUUUGCCAUUACUGUAGUCAUUUAAGUAAACGGUCAUGUUAUAAUUAGGAAUUAUACAUGUAUAUAAGGUAUAUACAUAUACAACACAGUAUAUAAAUUAUGUGUUGUAUAUGUAUACCUGAACACACAUGCUUGUAUAUAAUAUAGGGAUAUACUGUGGACCCUUGAAUGCACUUUGUCAUCUGUGGCAAGAGCUUUAUUCUGUAGAGUAGGCAUUGUGUAACAUGGUUAAUUUAAAUUUGAAUAAUGAUAAGGUGUAGCUUAGGGAUAAAAUAUAUAUUUAUAUACUUGUGUUUGGACAUUAUAUCUAAUAAAAUGGAAGAAAACAGGCA